GGCAACCUCGACGCAAAAACAGGAAGUGUUCGCUGGCGGGAGAAGUUGAAAGGGUUACCAAAGAUACUGAAGGCUUUGCCCCUUUCACGGAGUUAGCUCACUACAUUACAUUGAAUGUCCAAUAUUUCAUUUAGCUAUUAGAUACGCAGAGUUAAAUCCUUAGUUUAUUAGUUUAUACGGUGAUUUCUUGCUAUCUACCAGCCACUUGUGUCCGGCUGCAGCUUCAUGAGGGCUGAAAUGGAUAAAAUAGUCACAUUAUCAGAUGGAGAAAGUACCGCCGAGCUUCAGAAGUACCUGUCCUCCCUUAAAAACGACCAGCUCAUCGCUGUGAUUACCAAUGGCGCACUGAAGGGCAAGAAGGUUGGGACCAUGAUUAAAGGCAUAUUUAAAGGCUCUCCACCCUGUUCCACUGAGGGAUCGAACCGCCGACUUCUUGUUUAUCAACACUGCAUCCCUCUGUGUGAGUCUGGGGAUCUUCAGACUGAGGUGGCAGCUGAUAUCAUUGGACUGCUGAUGCUGGAGACUCAUACCCUGUCCGGACCCUCUCUCGCACAACUGGCGUCUCUUUUUGUUGAAGCCAUUAAGGUGGGAAAAAUGGGCAGUGGGAAAUCCCUGGAGCUAUUUCCUACUGUGCUUACUGCCCUUUCAGCCUGUGAAGCCUUGUCUUAUGGCAAAGGCGAACUCAGUGGUGAGGAAUACAAGAAACAGCUGAUCAACAGCCUCUGUUCAAGCAGAUGGGACCCUCAGUGUGUUAUCCACCUGACGACCAUGUUCAGGGAUGUGCCCUUGUCACCAGAGGAGCUGCGGUUUGUGGUGGAGAAAGUACUGCGGAUGUUCACCAAACUGGAUCUGCAGGAGAUCCCACCGCUUGUUUAUCAGCUGCUGCUUUUGUCUGCAAAGGGUUGUAAGAAACAGGUCCUGGAUGGAAUCAUCAGUUAUUUUAAAGAGCAAGAUGUUUGCCAGGAGGAAGAACAAAAACAUGGAGAGAGCCUGGAUCUGGAGGUUCAGUCAAUUCCACAGGACCAGCUGAGGCAUGUGGAGGGCACUGCUAUCCUCCACAUAGUCUUUGCUAUACGACUUGACCAUGAACUCGGCAGAGAAUUCCUUAAAAGCUUUAAGAUAUCCUAUGGAGACCUCUGCCCGUUCAGUGUUGCCCUGUUGCUCUCAGUGGCACGCAUCCAGCGUUAUGAGGAGCAGGUGUUUGACCUUUUGAAGGUGGCGAUCAUCAAGAGCUUUAAAGAUGAGCAGCUGCAGCAGGGAUCAAAGUUCCUGCAGGACCUCCUGCCCGGACACUGCAGCGUGGCUCAGAUGAUACUGGACACAGUCAGGAACAGUGUGUUUGGUUGGGAUCAUGUGACCCAGGGGCUGGUGCAGCUGGGCUUCUUCCUUAUGGAUACAUUUGGACCCAAAAAUGGACCGUUUGGGAAGACCACAGAAGGGUCUGCUACCAUAGCCCGGACCCCCACUCAGCAGGCGUGUAAGCUGGGAGGACAGGUCCUCCUGCAGGGCUUUAAGGUCCACGAGCCUAUCAGGGGAGAGAUACUGGAGCAGGUGUUGAAUCGACUGGUCACAAAGACAGCCUCACCUGUCAAUCAUUACUUAGACCUUUUCUCUGACAUUGUGGUCUCUGCUCCCAUGAUCCUUCUGGAGUCAUCCUCCAAGGUGACAGAGACAUUUGACCACCUGUCAUACCUGCCCUUGGCCACUGUUCAGGGUCUACUAAAAGCUGUCCAGCCCCUGCUCAAAGUCAGCAUGUCCUUGAAAGAUGCUUUGAUUCUAGUUCUCCGCAAAGCCAUGUUUUCCAGCCAACUGGAUGGCAGGAAGUCUGCAGUAACUGGCUUCUUGUUGCUGCUGAAGAACUUCAAAGUGUUGGGCAGCUUGGCGUCGAGCCAGUGUAGCCAGGCAGUCUCCUCGAGCCAGAUCCAAGUGGACGUUCAUUCUCGUUACAACUCUGCUGCCAAUGAAGCGUUCUGUCUGGAGAUUCUCAGCAGCCUGCGUCGCUGUCUCGGCCAGCAGGCUGAUGUGCGCCUCAUGCUCUAUGAGGGUUUCUAUGAUGUUCUCCGUCGCAACUCUCAACUUGCAAGCUCCAUCAUGCAGACCCUUUCCUCACAGAUGAAGCGGUACUACGAGCCUGAGCAAGACCUCCUACCGCCGGUGAAACUGGAACCGUGCAUCACAGCUCUCGGAGACCAAGUCUACCUCCAGGAGCCUCUGGCACAUCUGGUGAGCUGUACUGUACAUUGCCUGCUGUGGCUGCAGAAUAUGCGCCGAUCCUCCAACCCCAACAUGGGCGACAGCGAUGACGAUGAGGAGGAGGAGGAGGAGGAAGGAUACCAGUCUGAACUACAGACAAUCCUAGAGAGUAUGACAAGACGCAUGAUCAAGAGUGAACUGGAGGACUUUGAACUGGACAAGUCAGCUGAGUUUUCUAUGGGAUCCAGUGUUGGGGUGAAGAAUAAUAUCUAUGCUGUGCUGGUGAUGGGAGUGUAUGAGGUCCUAAUGGAGUACAACUUCAUCACAGCCAACUACAGUAAAAGCUGCUUCGAGGAUCUCAUGGAGCUGUUCAACCGCUAUCAUAAGCUGUCUGAGAUCCUGAAGGAGAAAUCCGGAAAGGGUCGAGUGCCCUCAAACAAAACCCCCCGCAGUUUACUCUCCUUGGGCUUCAUUUCAACGCUCCUCUCUGUGCUCUUCAGAGACAGUACUCAGAGCAGACAGGAGGCUCUGUCAGUGCUUCGCUCAAGUGGAGAAUUUGUGCGUUACGCAGUAAAUGUGGCUGUACAGAAGAUCCAGCAGCUGGAGGAAACUGGACACACAGACGGCCCAGAUGGACAUAACACAGACAGAACCUUCCGCUUCCUCUGUGACAUGACAAGUGUGCUGAUGUGGCGUUACACCAACAUCCCCAGUGUCGUGGAGGACGCGGGAAAGAAGGAGAAGCGCUCCAGCCUGUCCCACCUGUGUCUGGAAGGUCUGCUCAGGAUAUUCACAGCCUGCCAGCAGCGCUAUCCAGAUAAGAUGGCUCAGCUCCUCUCCACCAUGGAUAUCUUGGACGAUGAUGCCGAGCCAGAUGAUGGCGAUGUUACAGAGAUGAACUUCUUUUACAUCCGACAGUUUCAGAGAGCGCUGUUCACACAGUUAAGUGGCGGUGAUGAAGAAUUUAAUAGCAAAGAGGCUCAGCUGCUGGUCAGCAUCUUGAGUGUGCUCUCACGCCAGUUAAAGCCCUCCUCCCAACAGUUUGAUCAGAUGAUCACGUGGACUGUGAAAAUCUGCAAGGAGACCAGUUUUGAGGAUUCGGCCUUCUCCAAGGGUCUUCUCACUCUUCUCUUCAACUUGCAUGUUCUCUAUAAGAGUCCUGUAAGCCUGUUGCUAGAACUCUGCCAAGACAUCCACAGCCAGCUGGGAGAUAUCGAUCAGGACGUGGACGUAGAAAAACAGUCCCACUUUGCCACUGUCAACACGAAGACCUCGACCACAGCAGCACUGCUGGUCCUGUCUCAGGUUGACAGAGUGCUUGAUGAAGUGGACUGGCUGAUUGCCAGAAAGAAAAGCCAGACAGUCGCUGACAAAUCGGGCUCCGGUGAGGCCACCCAGACUGCAGGCCAGCAGGAUCCAAUUGAAAAAGCUGUGACACUGCAGCUUGGGACUCUUUUGACAGCAUUAAAUGAGCUGGUCCAGACGGCCCUGCUGCCUGGCACUUGUACCAUAACACUGCUCAGAGAGCUGACUCGCACAUACAGCAUCCUCACUACUCUGGUCAAAUAUUACAUCCAGGUGUGUUCCAGCCAGCACGGGGCACUGCCAGCACGCUUUGAGAAGCUGGUCAAACUGUCCGGCUCCCACCUAACACCACAGUGCUACUCUUUCAUCACAUAUGCACAGAGUGGAGAAUUCAGCGUUGGAGGUGCAGAUGACAAGAAGAAAAAGAAAAGGAAUGAAGUGAACACUGCUGCCUCUACAAAACUUCUGCGUGAAACAAAGGCCAUCCCUAACUUAAUCUUCAGCAUCGAGCAGUAUGAGAAAUACCUCAUCACUCUCUCAAAGAAAUCAAAGGUAAAUCUGAUGCAGUACAUGAAGUUGAGCACCUCAAGAGAUUUCCGCAUCAACACUGCUACUCUGGACGCAGCCCUGCAGGAGCACGAUGAAACUCAGGAGGUAAGUGCAAUCUCAUACUGUAAAUGGCAUCUCCAAAAGUCCUCACUGUCUUUCCUGUCUUCACAGUGCAGUUUUUAUCUUUCUCCCUCUUUACUUGAUUACGUGACUCAAAGCUGUUAUAGUUUUUUUUACUGUGCAGAUUGAGCUAACUGCUGAAAGGUUUUCCCAUGUGUGACGUUUUGAAUUUUCUGCAUUGAAGUGUUUUAAUUCCCUUGAACAGUCUCUAAUUCAGUAGACUUCUGCUGGGUGAGAUCUCAGUGGUUGUUUCUUCUUCCUUUCAGGCCACAGACUCGCAGAAAGCAGAGGAAACCCAAGAACCCAAACAGAAGAAGAGGAAGCAGUGAAUGAAGACUUCCUCACUGAUCUGAACUUGACAAGCUGCCAAAUGGCCUCUUGACAGUUGUCAUCUUGGCCCACAAAGUGCUAUUUUCCUUUGUUCAGAGAGCCUUUAGUGAUGUCGAGGAUUUGGUAGAUGUCCAAGGCCUCGCCUGUGGAAAGUUUGCACACAUUGUUUAAUAAUCUGGUUGUGUUCAUAUAGUUCACAUAUUCAAAAGAAAUAUUCAUCAGGAUGACUUUAUGAUGAAUAAGCUGCUCUGUUGUUCAAAUUAACACCACUGUUCUUAUUUUAAAUACGUUUAGUUAAACAUAUAGUAGUACUUAAGAUGACCCUGCUUUAUCAGUCCUUGGCUACACUAAAGAGGUGGAUCAAUGGUUUCCAGUACACAUAAAUGCAUCCUGAAGAGAUUUACCUAAAAACCUAGCUUUGUCAGGUGUUGUUUUCGUUUCAAAUAAAUAUUUUUUUCUUACUGCUUAUUUACACUAGUUUUUUUAAACUGUAUCUUGCAUUUAAUUUUAUAAAACCUGGCUAAAAAAAAUGUAAAUAGUUUGUGCACACACAUUUGUAAUCACUCUCUCAAAUUAAUAACUAUAUUGUAUAAUCUUAGUACUCCUUUUUCCUCUUUUCUGGCCAGGCCAUACAAGAAUGUGUAAUGCAGUGUAAUGUGCAAAUAAACUGAAAUAUCUAUGUCAAUGUAAAA